AUGGCCAAUGACUUAGGCUCGGCGUUGGAGCACGCAGGCGGCAAAGGGCAAGAGAGAGAAGGCAUCUCGCUCAAGACGUUCAUAGCAUCUUUAGCCGCCGCUCUCAUCAUUUUCGCUGUCGAAUUCCUCUUGUUCCUGGUUCUUAAAGGGAAACUCACUCGCAUCUACCAACCUCGAACAUACCUGGUCCCCGAUAGAGAGCGUACCGAGCCAUCACCCCCAGGCCUGUUCAAGUGGAUCAGCCCGAUAUUCCGUACUUCCAGCUCCGAAUUCGUUCAGAAAUGUGGCUUAGAUGCCUAUUUCUUCUUACGCUACUUGCGGAUGCUCCUCAAAAUCUUCGUCCCUCUUGGCUGCAUCAUUGUACCGACUCUUAUAACUGUCAAUAGAGUGGACGGCAAAAAUCAGACAUACAAGAAUGGAACGGACACCGGGGAUCGCUGGAACGUCACUGGCUUGGACCAACUAGCUUGGGGUAAUGUUGCUCCAGAAAACACACACCGUUACUGGGCCCAUUUGGUUAUGGCUGUAAUCCUCAUAGUCUACGUUUGCUUCGUCUUUUUUGACGAGCUAAGAGGGUAUAUACGUCUUCGCCAAGCAUACCUGACAUCUCCCCACCAUCGAUUGCGCGCUUCUGCAACAACAGUCCUGGUGACUACGAUACCAAAAAAGUGGCUCACUGUCGAGGCUCUGGAGGGACUGUACGAUGUUUUCCCUGGUGGAAUCAGGAACAUAUGGAUCAACCGAAAUUUUGACGACCUUAACGAGAAAGUCAAGGAGCGAGAUAGGCUGGCAUUGAAGCUUGAGACGGCGGAAACGGAGCUGAUCAUCAAAUGCAAGAAGGCUCAAAUGAAGCAGGCCAAAGCCGCCGCCAAAAAGGCUCGGAGGAAAGGAGCUGAGCAAAAAGAGCAGGAUGUCGCAGACACAAAAGCUUCGAAGCCGACCAUUGGUGCUGGUAUCAGCUCGGGCAAUCCACACCAGGCCCAUACGCUUCAGGAAGUCUUGCAUCGCGAUACAAUGGCAUCAAAUGACGGCAGAACGCACAAACGGAAGUAUAUGAAUCCACUCGAACCGGCUGUGGGUUUAGCGGGAGCUGUCGGUCAGGGCGUCGGGAAAUUGGGCAAGUCGGUCUUAGGCACUGUCAAGAAACAUGACCAUCACGGCGCGCCUGAUGAGGAGCUGCCUCACCAAGACAACUUAUCAGACGCGAACGCUGCAGAUCGUUCCGUUUGGGAAGGCUCUGCAGCUAUGCCAGCUGGAGAAAGCACGGAAGGAGACAGCUCGCAGCCAAAAAGACCGUUUUGGAGGAGCCGGCCCUCGGCCAUGUCCAAAUCCAGUAACAGGACGGAGGCAGAUGAGCUUCCGCUUACGGCUCCCGAGUCUCCUGUCGACGUUGAAGAUGGAGAGUUCUCGAGCUCUAGCGGGAAUUCGCUAACAAAAGCCCGUGAUGAGAAUGAUAUCGACAUCACGCGAAAUGACGGUGCUGAAAUCGAGGAUGAUACUUACCCAGUGGCGUAUAAUGAAAAUUUCGAGAAAGAAGAUCUUGGCGAACCCUUGUGGAAGAAGUAUAUUCGUCAGGAGGAUCGGGAUACAAUGCGAUUGCCAAUCUUUGGAAUAAGUUGGAUGCCUUCGAUCUGGCUUCUUGGAAAGAAAGUCGAUACCAUUGACUAUUGUCGCAAAGAAGUGGCUCGUUUGAAUUUGGAAAUCGAGAUAGAUCAGCAGCAUCCCGAGAGGUUCCCGCUCAUGAAUUCAGCAUUCAUUCAAUUUAACCACCAGGUUGCUGCGCAUAUGGCUUGUCAGGCCGUCAGUCAUCAUGUACCUAAACAGAUGGCUCCUCGCACGGUGGAAAUUUCACCCGAUGACGUUAUAUGGGACAACAUGUCCAUCAAAUGGUGGGAGCGCUAUCUACGCACCUUUGGAGUCUAUGCUAUUGUCACAGGCAUGGUAAUAGGCUGGGCGUUUCCAGUAGCCUUUACUGGAUUGCUUUCUCAGCUUUCAUAUCUCGAAGGCGCAUUCACGUGGCUAUCCUGGAUUAAUCGAAUGCCAGAAUGGCUCAUAUCAGCCGUCCAGGGUAUUUUACCACCCUUAUUCCUGGCCAUACUGAUGGCCCUUCUGCCACUAAUGCUUCGCUUCCUAUGUCGAGCACAAGGUCUCCAGACAGGUAUGGGUAUUGAGCUCACGGUGCAGAAUUACUUCUUUGCCUUUCUUUUCGUGCAGCUGUUCUUGGUUGUUGCAAUCGCGUCCAGCUUCUCAACGAUCAUCGACAACAUCACGAAUUUCACAAACUGGCCGGAGCUUCUGGCUCAGAACAUCCCUUCCUCAAGCAACUACUUUUUCUCCUAUAUGAUCCUUCAGGCGCUAUCUGUGAGCGCUGGAGCUCUGGUUCAAAUCUUUAGCCUCGUGAGUUGGUUCAUCCUCGCGCCAAUUCUGGAUUCAACUGCGCGCAGAAAAUGGGCUCGGACGACCAACCUGAACCAGAUGCAAUGGGGUACGUUCUUCCCAGUGUACACUACUCUUGCAUCCAUCGGGUUGAUUUACUCCGUCAUUGCUCCUCUAAUCAUGGUGUUCAAUGUGAUUACCUUUGGCUUGUUUUGGUUUGUGUACCGUUACAACACUCUCUAUGUCACGAAAUUCCGCUUUGACACCGGAGGAUUACUCUUUCCCCGCGCGAUCAACCAGUUGUUCACCGGUAUAUACGUUAUGGAGCUCAGUUUGAUUGGUCUUUUCUUCUUGGUCCGUGAUACUCAUGGGUCUGUCUCCUGUAAAGGGCAGGCGAUCAUCAUGAUUAUCAUGACAAUAUUGACCGUGGGGUUCCAAAUCUUGCUGAAUGAAGCGUUUGGGCCCCUCAUUCGUUACUUACCUAUUACGUUGGAGGAUGACGCGGUUCGCCGAGAUGAAGAAUUUGCGCGCGUGCAAAGGGCACGGUUGGGUCUAGAUGAUGAUAAUGAAGAAGAAGCAGAGGAAGAGCAAGACACCCUCGAGCACCGACUCAAAGAGCGUGAGCGUGUCGAAAUUCAGGCUAACGAAGACUCUCGUGAGAUUGAGUUGAAAAAAAUUGAGGGCGGCAUAAGUAGGCGGGCGUCUGGGCUCAGACACAAGGGUCAAGGACUUGGCCCGGAGACCGCAGCCAAACUUGGUGCCUCUCGUCGACCAUCAUGGGCCGUUCAAACAGCUCAGUCUCCUAACCGACGGUCGAAAUACUUUGGUGCAAACUCAGCGGACGCUGUUCCCUCGAUUCAACGUAUGCGGGAAAAGCUUGAAAAAGACGCCGAAGCACAAGGCCCCGUAGCGGGACACUCUCGCAGCUCCGCGUUGUUUGCAGGCAUUCACGACGAGCUUGAGGAUCUUACUCCCGACGAACGCGACCAACUCGUCCAGCGAGCUUUCCAGCACGAUGCCCUUCGGUCCAAACGUCCCGUUAUCUGGAUUCCUCGUGAUGACCUCGGAGUCAGUGACGACGAGAUUUACCGCACCCAGCGCUUCAGCAAGCAUAUCUGGAUUAGUAACGAGUACCAGGCACUUGAUGGAAAGUGCCGUACAAUCUUCAGCCGCAGUCCACCUGACUUCUCAGAAGUUGACCUCAUCCAGUUAUAGAAAGUUUUUCCUUCUUACAAGUCACUUGUAUAUAACGCAUACGGCCUAUCUCGACAAUUCUCGAUGUGAUGAUUGACUCUAUUCCCCUCUAGCGAAUGGCGUUUUACUGAGACGGGCAUUAUUUUCCCUGCUGCUUGUUGUCAUUAUCAAUGUUCUAUAUUCUGGGGCAUGGAUUCGCAUCCCUGACCAAGGGCUUUUCAGAUCGAGCGUACGAAGUACAUAGCAUGAAGCGUGUCUAAGCAUCGAAUUAGAACAUAAUACGAA